AUGAGGCUUCUUAAUGGGUCUUUAAGUUUCGAUGUUGAAGAGAGACAAAGGUUUUCUAAGUGGGUUUUGGGAAUCGAUGAUGGAACCAUUGGAGAAAGCAAUUAUGUGGAUAACACAUUUUAUAUUCCACCUGAUUUUUUUAUUCCAAGUUUUGGUGAUCCUUGUGCCUCUGUAGUUGAUAAAAAAUAUCCAUCACUCAAAGAUGACCUGAAUGAUAUAUCUUUUUUCCAAGAUAGGGCUAUAAUAGCUCCUAAGAAUGCAACUUUUGAUAUGAUUAAUGAUUAUAUUUUGGACUUGCUAUAUUUGAGCUAUGAUACUCCUUAUUCAGCCAACUCCAUGAUACAGUAA